GUUCAAUAUAUAUUAGACAGCAAAAAUCACAUGCUGAAAUAAUUCAGUUAAAAUUUAUUUUUCAAUGAUUACCUCAAUAAGCAAAAAAGUGAUAAUGUGAAAGCAGACACAAGCAAGAUGGUAAAAUCAAUACACGAUUUAUCAGAGGAAGAAAUAGGUAAUCUAUCGAAAGAAAUUAAAGAAUUGUUAAAAGGGUUUAAACAAAAACAAAAGAAUAAACAAAAAAACGAGGAAUGUUUAAAUUGGGAUGAUUUUGAACUAUCAUCAUGGCUUACAUCAGCUACAGAAGAAUCUAAAGAAACGAACGAAAACUUGAUAGAAAUGUCCAAAAACUUUUCUCGAAAAAAAUCAAAAGAGGUAAUCAAAGAACAGCUAAAUCCGAAACUCGAAAAUAAUUCAUUAAGUACUGAAUCAUUAGAAAAUUCGGAAACAUAUAAUAUCGAAGACUUAAUUAAAACUGACGAAACACUUAAAGAAUUGAAAAAAUUAACUUCUAUUUUAGAGGAGGAUAUAAAUGAAUCUGUUUCAAAUGAAAAUGAGUCGUCUGGGUCAAGUGCUAGUCGAAAGAAACUGAUUGUCAAUAAACAAUCUGAAAAGUCUAAGAAUUUGAGUAUUGCCCCAAUCAGAAUUAAAGAGUCUUCUCCAUUAGAAUCCGAUGGCAUCAAAUCAGUUGAGAAGGAUUCGAAAUUAAAAAUUACAAAUGCACAUACAAAAACCGAUAAAAAUAUUCUAAACACGAAAUUAGAAGAUUUAAAACUUGAUAGCAAAGCAAAAAAGAUGAACUCAGGAAGCCCAGUUUCAAAGCAACAAGCCGAAAACAAUUCAAAAACCAGUGCAUCCGAUUUCAGACCCAGAAAAAUGUCGAACAGCAGCAUCAAAAACAAAAAGAAAUAUUCAACCAAAGAAAGUAUCAAACUGAGUACCGAAUCGCUGAUAAAAAAAAUACCGUACCUCGAAGGUUUCCCAGAAUACGAAAAAGGACACCAUGUACCAAUAAUUUCGAAACAUCCCGAGAAUGAGCUUAGAACAAGAGCAUCAUCGGCUGAACCAUAUGCAAGGUCAUUUUCGACAGUGACGAACAAGCCUGAGGAAGUUGUACCUAGACAAGCGAAAAAGCAUGUGACAUUACUAAUAAAGAAAGAUAAAAAUGAUGAAUUUGCUCCAAUAUUCCCGCUGAAGAUAGAUUGCAUAUCUAUGUUUUCCGAUGAUGAAGAAAUAAUAACGGACGAAGGGAGUGAGGAAGAAGAGUCCGACUCCGAGAGCGACUCUGGUCCAGGAGAACCGGACGUCAUGCUCAACGAACUGUGGAAAGAUUUACUCCUUCCUUCGGACGAGAGUGAUAUGGAUUUGGAUGAAUUUUACAAGCAAUUUCCAAAGUUAAAGAAGAAAAAUCAGCAAAAAGAAUGUUCGAGAGAAUAUGCAGAAGUACAUUUUAAAUCAUUAGCGUGAAGUUGUGUACCUACAACUAUAUCAGCUGUUUUUAAAUUACCACAACGUUCUCAAAUUAGUUGAACAAUAAUGACAGUAGUAUACUCACAAUAAAUUACAACAAUUUUAAAGAGAAAAGCAACAACUUUAAUCUGAUCAAAUUUAAUAAGAUUUUGGCAAUAUUGUAUUAAAUAAUACCACUUCUGGAGCCUAUAUGUAAAAAUAUAAUAUUGCAUCAAUAUUUCACAUAUCAGAGGCACGGACCUGAAUACUGACAAAUAAUCAGGAACAGUCCUCCGAGUAAUUGAAAAAAUAAAAUAAUCCGAAAUUAAACCGAGUAUUCAAAACUGAAAAACUAUAUAUCUAAACAGAUAUUUUCAUUAAUAUAGAAGUUAUAGUUAUUAUUGUAUAUAUAAUGAUGCUAUUGCAGGGUUUUCGUAUGAUGUAAGGAGUGUAGUAUCAUCAGGAAAUUUUACUAGUAAAGUCUUGUCAUGAUAAAUAUGAUGUGAACAUAUUGAAUUGUUAUGGAAAUGUAUUUAUUACACAAAACCAUCUUGAUGUUACUUUUAAUCGGGCUAUCGAUUGGAAGGUAAAAAUGAACGAAUCUACGUGUGUAUCCAUUAUCGUUGUGCUAAACCAUAGAACAUACUGGGAAACCUAAUAACAUACCACGGAUAUGCUAUAAUACAGGUAUUCGUAUAUCCGAAGAAGUGUGUUAUUCGGAAUUACGCCUGGACGAGAGACUUAUAUAAAACUUACCCAAAACUGAACAGAAAACGAUUGAAAAAACGUUAUAGAUUAUUAUCCUGGUUAUUUGACAGACGAUUCGAAUUAUUCUUAACUAACAAACUUACCAUCUACAAAUAAUUUAUAAAACCUUCAUGGACUCACACGGAGGGAGACGCGCAAAAACAAGAUAAAAAAUUCGAACUUUUCAAUCAAAGGCAUUGAGAAAAACGACAGAAACACCAUUCAAUGCUACAAACCACUUACAACACAAAGACUUGAAAAUCCAUACGAUUUCAAAAACAGCAACACAAUACUACAAAAACUUUCACCAGAGACUGAAUUACAACAUAAAUCCCUUAGCCCUAUAAAGGAAUGAACUAAACAAACACUUAUAUGAAAUAAAGUAAAUAUAAGAACACUUAGGAAUAAAUUUUGUUUUCUUUAUUAUU